CGUUUCUGUUUCUGCAUAAAACCACCGCAGAGUUGCAGACCAGAUAGCAGAGAACUGCGAUAGAAGUCGAUAGUCGGUCGUGUGUAUCUAUUUUCGUUCGUCGAACAGAGACUCAGAGAGCUUAGAGAUGGCGCGUACUAAGCAAACUGCAAGGAAAUCAACAGGAGGGAAGGCUCCCCGAAAGCAGCUGGCAACUAAGGCGGCUCGAAAGUCGGCACCGGCGACCGGAGGAGUGAAGAAGCCUCACAGGUUCAGGCCUGGAACCGUUGCUCUUCGUGAGAUCAGAAAAUACCAGAAGAGUACGGAGCUCUUGAUCCGAAAGUUACCCUUUCAGCGUCUCGUCCGUGAGAUCGCUCAGGACUUCAAAACAGAUCUGCGUUUCCAGAGCAGCGCCGUCGCUGCUCUUCAAGAAGCCGCCGAGGCCUACUUGGUGGGUCUCUUCGAAGACACCAACCUCUGUGCCAUUCACGCCAAAAGGGUCACCAUUAUGCCUAAAGAUAUCCAGCUUGCCCGCAGGAUUCGUGGCGAGAGGGCGUGAGGGAGGAGAAUCUGUUGUGCCUCGAUUCUAUUACUCUCUUGUUAUUUUUGUUCUUCACUUAUAAUGUUCGAUCAAUGGUCAUGUAAAUCGUUGGCUUUUGGGAAUUUGAAUAGAAUAGAAUUCUGCUUACUAAUGCUGUUUAUUUAACUGUGAAAUGGUGCUACAGUUACAAAUCAACCAUUCAUUAUUUGCUUC